AUGGCGUCUGGGUCUGGGGGAUUGACUUCGACAUUGUUUCAACGAACUUGUAUCCUUUUUCUUCAUGGUCUAGGAGACACAGGACAUGGAUGGUCUCAACUCAUAGGUAAUAUUCGUCCAUCUCAUGCUAAGGUCAUUUGUCCAACAGCGUUUGAUAUUUAUAAUUUAGCACGAGAGGGUAAACAAGAUGAGGAAGGAAUUAAGAAUGCUACUAAAAAUGCUAAUAGGAUCUUACUAGGUGGGUUUUCACAAGGAGGUUCCUUGGCCAUUAUUUCUGCUUUAACUUACCCUCAUCAGCUAGCUGGACUUCUCUGUUUAAGUUGUUGGGUUCCAGUCCAUGAAAAAACAAUGAAAGUGAAGCUGAUCAAGUUGUUUCAUAUUCUCAUGGACAAAUGA